ACACACACACACACACACACACAGUGUCCAGAGAGAACUCCCAGCAUGCUUUGCUCCUCAGAGGACAGUGGACAGUGAGAAGACGAGUGCAGAGAAGAUGUCGAAGCAGAAGGUGGACCUUCAGGCUCUACCAACCAGAGCUUACCUGGACCAGACUGUAGUCCCCAUCCUGCUGCAGGGUCUGUCUGUGCUCGCCAAGGACAGACCUCCCAACCCCAUCGAGUAUCUGGCUGCGUUCCUGCUGAAGAACAAAUCUCAGUUCGAGGAGAGAAAUUAGUUUCUGUUUGUUCUUCUUCUGUUUUUUUAAUCCACAAUAAAAAUGUUGCUGUGAAACAGGAA